CACCGAGGCGUCAGCCUGAUUGGUUGCGGCAGGCUUCCGGAAGCGACGUUGCGCAUGCGCGCUCCUUCGCGCGAGACUGGUGUCCGCGGGUGUGUGUUGCUCUCCUGCCUUAGUCGUCUCCGUGACACCCCAGCUUCUCGUCCAGAGUGCUAGUCCUGGGAGCUCGGAAUGUUCCCGGAACUUAAUAACCUUCUCAACACCACCCCCGACAGAGCGGAGCAGGGGAAACUGACUCUACUCUGUGAUGUCAAGACAGAUGGCAGUUUCCUUGUGCACCACUUUCUUUCUUUCUACCUCAAAGCUAAUUGUAAAGUCUGCUUUGUGGCACUUAUCCAGUCCUUCAGCCACUACAAUAUCGUGGGACAGAAGCUGGGUGUCAACCUAACCAUGGCUCGAGAACGUGGGCAGCUUGUGUUCCUCGAGGGCCUCAAGUCCUCAGUGGAUGUCUUCUUCCAGGCUCAGAAGGAGCCACACCCCCUGCAGUUUCUCAGGGAAGCCAAUGCUGGGAACCUGCAACCAUUGUAUGAGUUUGUGCGGGAGGCCCUGAAACCCGUGAACAAUGGGGAGGCUGCAUGGAGGUGCCCAGUGCUGCUGGUGGACGACCUCAGUGUGCUCCUGAGCCUGGGUAUGGGGGUGGUGGCCGUGCUGGACUUCAUCCACUACUGCAGAGUUGCCGUGUGCUGGGAACUAAAGGGAAACAUGGUGGUCCUUGUGCAUGAUAGUGACGAUGCUGAGGAUGAAGAAAACGACAUCCUGCUGAAUGGCCUCAGUCAUCAGAGCCACCUGAUCCUGAGGGCUGAGGGCCUGGCUACCGGUUUCUGCAGAGACGUGCAUGGGCAGCUGAGGAUCCUGUGGAGGAGGCCAUCGCAGCCCACAGCCCAGCGGGAUCGGAGCCUCACGUACCAGUACAAGAUACAGGACAAAAGCGUGUCUUUUUUUGCCAAAGGAAUGUCUCCUGCUGUUCUAUGACCUGAUUCAGGGGCAGCUGAUACUACCUUGUACUGCUUUCAGCUUUCAGAUGCAGAAGAUAAAGCAACCUAGCAGGAAUGGGUCUUUUGCCUUUGUAGUAGUAUUUCAGAUUGGACUGCCGACUCCAUGGUGACCUGGGAAGGGUCGAAUGGUGUGAUAAUAGUAUGCCUUUGCUCCCCGGGCCCUGUUCAGAAAACAUAGUGAGGGAUCCAUGAUCCAGCCUCUGCUGAGAGAGGCUGGAUGUUGAACCCCAGUGAAAAGGGCCCUUUGGAACCUUUGUGUAAGUAAAAUUUUACCCUAACUGCCCAUUUUUGGUUGUUGUGCCUUUAAGAGCCAGAGCAGGUAUAAAUGUGCCAGGCAAGAGAAAGUCCCUGUUAGCUGGUAUUCAGGGUGACAACUAGGAUGAUUAUGGGUGAAAUAAAGUAAGUUCCCACAUCAA